AUGGGGGCAAUGUGGGCGGUGCAGAAAUACGAAUCACGUCGUGCAGACGGCGGGCCGCCAAGGAGGCAGUCCCGGCAGAGAGCCGCCGGAAGCCAUCGUUUUGGGCCCCCGAGCUGGCGGAGUUGGGCGGCGCCGCCGACAAAAGCCGCUGGCUUCUGCUCGCUACGCGCCAGAACGCAAAACAAUCUUGUGGGGGUGUGCGCGGUGGAGGCGAGGAGGCGCCCGGGGAUUUGCGCCCCCCGUCGCCCCGGCGGGAGCCCUCGCACAGGGGCAGCCCCACAGAGCCGGCGCCGUGGAGCCACCAUGCGCUCCUUGACUUGGGGAAAAAGGCUACCCACUCAGCGCUUCAGCAGUCUGUCGCGCCGGCCAGCUGCCUCGGUGAGCUGGUGGAACGCAUUCUUGCCGCUCGCGCCUGCGGCGCCAUGGUGUGCCCCAUGUGGCCCCCUGCGGCGAUCUGGUUUCCGGCCCGAACACCCCGCAGGAGCCUACGGAGUCCGUUGCCUUGGACUACGCCAAAGCCGCCAGCGCAGUGCACCACGACAAGAUCGUCCUGCACAUGCGGCGAAUGUCGAUUGCUGGCCGCACCGUAAACUGGUGGGUGGCAUUCUUCAAGUAGCAGGCCCACCGAGCGUGGCGUCGGCCGAACCACCUCCUCCCCCGCGACGUUCACGCGAAGAGUUCUGCUUGGGAACAGUGUUGGGGCCUCUUCCUGUUCAUCAACGUUGCGGGCUUACUCACAGUGCUCAUCUUGCUGCAGCACUUUUGUCCGUCAUGGCACCUUCGCCGAUAGCAGCGCCCCCACCAUGCGCCACAGCGAUAGGUGUGUCCUCCACUGGGCUCCGCAGGAAGGCCUGA